AUGUCUGCAUCCCCCCAGUUCCGAUAUCUAUGUACCGAAGUACGAGAUGGAGUGGCUGUCAUUACCUACGCCCGCCCAGAAGUUGCCAACGCAAUCAAUGUCGAUGUGAUGAAGGAGCUGGUGGCUGCUUAUACCUGGGCUAUCGCCAAUGACAAGGUCAAAGUUAUUGUUCAGACAGGCCUGGGAGACUUUUUCACCACUGGUAUAGUAUUUCUUGUUGCGGCUCUGCCAGUAUUCGCCCUCUUUGACUCGAGUUCCUUCAACAAGAUGCUCAUUGACUGCGAGAAGGUCACCAUCGCCGCUGUGAAUGGUCCCGGCGCGGGCUAUGGCGCAAGCAGCCUUGCGCUCUUCGAUCUGGUUUAUGCGGUUCCAAAUGCAUAUUUCUUCACCCCGUUCGUCAAGUGGGGCCUCAGUGCUGAGGCUUGUUCAAGCUUUACAUUCACUCAUUGCCUUGGGCGACAGAAAGCGGCACAUCUAAUCCUUGCUGGGGAAAGGAUGACCGCUCAGGAGCUGGAAUCGGCCGGGAUGAUCAGCAAGAUCCUCCCAAAGAACAAGUUCCUAGACUCAGUGCUAAGGAUUGCGCAAAAAGUGGCCCAACUUCCACCAAUUUCUCUGAAAGCUAACAAGAGCUUGAUGACGGGAUACUUCAAACAGGAGCUGCACCAAGCCAACGACUUGGAGAAGGAAUUGUUUGAGACGUUGAUCACUGGAUCCGAAACAACAAAUGCUGUGACGAGGUUCAAAGAAGAGCAGAGAGCAAGAAAGCAGGCAUUGGCUGGGAGAGCAUCACCGUCAAAACUAUGA